UCGGAAUCCGCAGUCUUUCCCUUGCUGCAGCUCGCGCGCCUUCCCGCUCGGCAUGCCUUUCGUGGAGCUGGACACAAAUUUGCCCGCUGGCCGCGUGCCCACGGGGCUGGAGAAGCGGCUCUGCGCAGCCACCGCCGCCAUCCUGGGCAAACCCGAGGACCGCGUGAGCGUAACGGUGCGGCCCGGCCUGGCCAUGGCGGUGAGUGGCUCGGCCGAGCCUUGUGCGCAGCUGCUAGUCUCCUCCAUCGGUGUGGUGGGCACGGCUGAGGACAACCGCGGCCACAGCUCCCGGUUCUUCGAAUUCCUCACAAAGGAGCUGCAGCUGGGCCAGGACCGGUGCGUAGUGGAUAAUUAUUCGCUUUUUCCCCCUGGAGCCCUGGCAGAUUGGCAAGAAGGGGACAGUCAUGACUUUUUUGUGAUUGGUAUGGAGUGCAUCCAGAGGUUCCUAGAAGAGUGAGAGCCUGCUGGAUACCAGCUUCUGGUAGCCCCACAUGCAGACAUGCCUGUGAUCUCACAAUCCUCUUCUUCCCCACUCUCAUGCCAAAUAAAUGAAGAGAGCUUCGUCUUUCAAACAUGACUUCUUUACCCGACCAAGGCAUUCUGGUCCACCCUGGGCAGUGGGGUUGGUUUAUGAGAUGAGAACCUUAGGGAACCUGGGAAGUGGGAUGGUUCCUAUUUUCAGGGUGCUGUUUCAUUUAUGUAGGCUGCUCAAAUGAAAAGAUGGAGGGCUCAGCCUGGAGGCCCUGUUCUCCAUGCCCAUGUACAGGCUGCUGGGGAGGAGCUGACAGCCUGGGCCUUCUUGCAAACUCCGUUGACCAGAUGUUCCUGUCCUCAUCCUGGGCUGGCCAGGUAGUUCCCUGCCCAUAGACUGCUGUGUUUGGCAGGGGAGCCAGGCAGGCUGGGCUUCAGGGACCUUUCCUGGGCAUUCCCAAACUCCAUCUUCUCCAAUGAGUCUUGCUGAGAAUUUUCUGUGUACCUUGUAAAACCCAAUCCCAGAAUGGCAAACCUGGAAAUGCAGUGCCUGCUGUUAGAAACUGAAUGAGUGGGAUCUUCCCUCAGCCUCCUAAUACCGUAUCAUGCUGGACAAACACAGUGUGGGUACUGUUUCCUAGCACAGUUAAAGGUUCGAUUACCCUUGCCUUUAGUGCACUAGUGAAAUACCAAAUUGAGAUUUUCAGUCUCACUUAAUAUACACAUUCCAAUGGAAUGUGUAGGUCUGCCUGCUGUGUUUGGACCAGACCAUGGCUGAGGACUCUCAUUAAAAGUUAGAGCUUGGAGUUCCUCUGGCAACCUGUCCCAAUAGUUUCUGCACUCAUUCCUUCUGCCAAUAUGGGUUGAUUGUGAAUGAAGGGGUUAAGUGCCCAAGGAGGGAUUCAGGCCUAACCCUUGUCAGGACCAUAAGGCAACAGCAGCCUCCUAUCUGGUCCUCCACCUUAAAUCUCUUAUCACCACUCUAGUGAGAGUGAUGUCAUCUGCUUGCUGUGAGGACUGGCCCCUCCAGCAUUAUUUCCCCACACUGACCCUGAGUUUUGUACCUUGGUAAUACUGUGCUGCCCCAAGCUUCUGCUUGGUGGCACUGUUUCUCACCUCCAUACCCUUGCCACACAGCUCCCUGCUGCUUGGGCCACCCUUCUCAUCUUUUUGCAACUGUUUCACUCCAGAGCAUCUUUCAAGGUACAACUUAGGGGUGGGAGCUACAUCCAAGCCUGCAUGUUAUCUGCCGAAAUUUUGAAACCCAUCUGUUUAUGCUUCUAUUUACUGUCCCUUUCCCAAAGCUAUAUAUAUUCUCAAAAUCAAGGUUGGCGCCCUGACUGCAUAGCUCAGUUUGUUGGAGCAUCGUCCCCAUAUACCAAGGUUGUGGGCUCAAUCCCCAAUCACGGGCACAUAAAAGAAUACAUAAAUAGGUGGAACAACAAAUGGAUGUUUCUCUCCCUCUCUCUCUGUAAAAUCAAUCAAUACAAAAAAUUUAAUAAAGGUUGGUGAUGCAAUUAUUUUUGUAACUCCUGGCAUAUCAGUAAAGCUUUA